UUCUAAAAUUCAAAACUACUUUUUUUCUGAUUCUCCAUCGAAACUGAGUAUAAAAAGCUGAAUUUCUCAAUUUUAAAGUUGACACUGACCGCCAAAUCCAUGAAACAGGAGCAGAAUCAUAGCUACCUUCCUAUCAAAUUUGCAAACGUAUGUAAUUUUUUCCAUCGAAUGACUAAGCAUUAAUUGCUAUGUUCUUCUAAUCAGUACACUUGUAGGGAAAAAAGUAUACAAUUUUCCGUGAAUUUGGAGGUCAAUGUCAACUUUAAAAUUGAGAAAUUCAGCUUUUUAUACUCAGUUUCGAUGGAGAAUCAGAAAAAAGUAGUUUUGAAUUUUAGAAAAACAAUAAAUCUGAAAAAUUUGGUUGUUUACGAAAAUUUCACGGAUGUUUGCUUAUUUUCACAAACUGGGUACUUUUAAGUUUUUCCACCCAAAAAUGACUUCUUAAAAUGUAGGAUUGUGUUUUUCCAAUGCAACUCGAUAAGCUCUAUCCAGCCAUGCCAAAAAAGCGAAAAAAAUUUCGUGUUGUACGUUUAAAUUACUGAUACCUUACACAGAGGUUUUCAGUAGAUUUCUAUUCUUUCUUUUUGCUCUUUUCAGGUUCAGAUUGUAUGUCGGAUACGACAAGCAAUAUCAUUAUUCAAGAAUUAAGAAAAUUACAGAAAAAAAUCGAUCGUAUUGCUACCGCAACUGUUGUUAAAGACAAAGAAUUAUCGUCUUACCGUGAUCAAAAUGAGAAAGAAAAUUUUCCCGAUGGAAUAUCAUUCGAAAAUGGUCCAAAUCUAUUAGAUAGUAAUGGUAAAGAUUUUCGUGAUUAUUCUAUUGGAGUUUUAAAAAAAUUAUAUACAAAAGAAGAAUUAAAAUCAUCAAUUUUACCAUCAUCAACAGCACACAUUUACGCUAAAAAACAACUUGAUCCAAAAAGAUUUAAAUUUUUCAGACAUGCUGUUCGUAUUAAAUACAAAAUUAGUGAGCAACGCUUUGAUCAUUUUUAUUCAAAAUUAUUACGUAAAAAAUUAAGUGAUUUUCUUUAUCAAGAAGGUGUUCGGGGGAAGAAGAAAGAAGUUGAAAAUACAAAAACACUACCAACAAUAAUCACUAUCAACGAGAACCAUACCAACCACCAAUGA